UGGUACAGUAGGUCAAUAGCAGAGAUCCCAGAGGGCACACUGACAAAGACAAAACCCAUAUGGCGCGCCGAAGCAACGCAACGCAAGAGACCGGAUUCCAACCUUGAACUCCCCCCCUCUCGACCCAACCUCCGCAGCUUCCCUCGAUCCUUGUCUUGCUCCGGCGCAACACGCAGCCGAUGUAUCCAACGGAGCAAGCAAGUAACCGGCCGGCUUUGAUACUUGCCGCCUCCCCGCUCCAUCUAUGGCCACACUUGCCGCCGUGCCGCCAUGCCCUCCGCCUCAAGCAAAGUGGCGCCCCGCGCCUCCUCUAAUCCCCUCCUGCCUCGCCGCCACAGCCUCCUCCCUCCUCCUUCCUUGCCUGCGCACCUCUCUCCCUCCCCUUCACCACGCCGGAAGACGAAGAAGAAGACACCGAUGAUGCUGCCCCCCGGCCAUCGCCGGCUCCCCCUCCUCCUCUGCUUCCUCCUCUCCUUCUUCCCCUCCCACGUGCUGGCGUUCCACUCGUUCGUGGGGACGUACGGGGUGAACUACGGCCGGAUCGCGGACAACCUGCCGCCGCCAACGGAGGUGGUGCGGCUCCUCCAGAUGGCCCGGAUCAAGAACGUCCGGAUCUUCGACUCGGACCACAGCGUCCUGGACGCCUUCCGCAACUCCGGGCUCAACCUGGCCAUCGCCAUCCCCAACGGGCUCGUCAAGGACAUCGCCGCCAACCCGAGCAAGGCCAUGGACUGGGUGAACGAGAACGUGCAGCCCUACUACCCUUCCGUCCGCAUCGUGGCCGUCAUCGUCGGCAACGAGAUCCUCGGCGGCUCCGGGGACCUCGCCGAGGCGCUCUACGCCGCCGUCGUCAACGUCCACGACGCGCUCAAGGCAGUCCGCCUCUCCUCCAAGAUCGAAGUCAACACGCCCCAUUCUGAGGCCGUCUUCGGGACUUCCUACCCGCCGUCCGCGGGCACGUUCCGGCCGGACCUCAUGGUGUACCUGAAGCCGUUGCUGGAGUUCUUCUCCAGGACCGGGGCGCCGUUCUACGUGAACGCGUACCCGUUCCUGGCCUACAUGAGCGACCCGGAGCACAUCGACGUCAACUACGCGCUCAUGAAGCCCAACGCCGGCAUCGUCGACCAGAAGACCAACUUGCACUACGACAACAUGUUCGAGGCACAGAUUGACGCCACCUACGCCGCGCUCGAGGCGGCCGGGUACGCCGACAUGGAGGUCCGGGUGUCGGAGACCGGGUGGAGCUCCGCCGGGGACGCCACGGAGCCCGGGGCGACUCCGGAGAACGCCCGGACCUAUAACUUUAACCUCCGGAAGCGGCUGUUCUUGAGGAAAGGGACGCCGUAUCGGCCGAAUCGGGUUGUCCGUGCGUAUAUCUUUGCGCUCUUCAAUGAGGAUCUUAAGACAGGGCCGGGCUCCGAGCGGCAUUUCGGGCUCUUCAAGCCUGACGGCAGCGUCUCCCUUGAUCUGGGGUUCAAGGGCCUCACGUCCUCGGCGCCGCCGGCGAAGGAGUGGAUGGUGCGGCGGUACUCGGCUACGAUGAUUCUGUGGUGUACAUUCAUUUUUCUAGCUCUAGCAGCAACAUGAUUGAUUAAUUGACAUGUAUUUACUUUAGAGCUCGGCCAUGAUUUCUGUACAUUCCACGGUUCAAAAAAGUUGUACAUCAAUCAGUCUCCUGUUCUUCAUCUUCCCACUGUAAAGUGUAAACAAUUUGCUUAGAGCGGUCCAUUUCUGGAUGGCUGCCUCGUGCGGUUUGGAGUUCA